GCCUCCUCCCUCCAGGAGGCGGGGACAAGGUGGGGGAAGGGCUGCAGGAGGAGGAGCUGGCGCGUCGCGACCCGCCCCACUCCCGUCCAGUCUGGCCUGGGCGCCGAGGGAACCGCUGUCCUAGCCACCGCCACCCGAGCAGCCUGUCCUGGUGCCCCGUGCCCUGCCCCGCGUCCGGUCAUGACCUUGCGCCCCUCACUACUCCCGCUCCGGCGGCUGCUGCUGCUGCUGCUCAGCGGGGCGGUGUGCCAGGCUGAGGCUGGGUUCGAAACCGAAAGUCCCGUCCAGACCCUCCAAGUGGAGACCCUGGUGGAGCCCCCCGAACCGUGCGCGGAGCCCGCUGCCUUUGGAGACACGCUUCACAUACACUACACGGGCAGCUUGGUAGAUGGACGCAUUAUUGACACUUCCCUGACCAGAGACCCUCUGGUUAUAGAACUUGGCCAAAAGCAGGUGAUCCCAGGUCUGGAGCAGAGCCUUCUAGACAUGUGUGUGGGAGAGAAGCGAAGGGCAAUCAUUCCUUCUCACUUGGCCUAUGGAAAACGGGGAUUUCCACCGUCUAUCCCAGCGGAUGCAGUCCUGCAGUUUGACGUGGAGCUGAUUGCACUGAUCCGAGCCAACUACUGGCAAAAGCUGGUGAAGGGCAUUUUGCCUCUGGUAGGCAUGGCCAUGGUGCCAGCCCUCCUGGGCCUCAUUGGGUAUCACCUAUACAAAAAGGCCAACAGACCUAAAGUCUCCAAAAAGAAGCUCAAGGAAGAGAAACGAAACAAGAGCAAAAAGAAAUAAAUAAUAAUAAUUUUUAAAAA